AUGGGGCGAUUCUUAGGGGCGUCUCCCACCGCCGCGGGCGACCGGUACGCGGCGGUCCCGCGCGGCCACGAGGACGAACGCCCCGACGCCCGUCGACACGCGCCGCCCACUGCGCGGGCGCCGGCAACAGCGCUCGAGAGCAGCAGCAGCAGCGACGGCGACCGGCAGUCGCUAACGAGCGACAACAGCAGCAGCCGCAAAGACGGCGACGGCGGCGAGCGAUUGGACGAUGCAGAGGACGCGACACGCGACACGAGCGACGAGCGACAGGGCGACGACCGCAAGACAGCAGCAGUGGCGCCGCUCGAAAAGGACUGCGGCACUGACGACGACAAAGACACGACUGCCAGUGGGACUAAUGGGGCUACUGCUGCUGCUGCUGGGGAUAUUGCUACUGUUACAGGGGCUACUGCUGCUGGGGCUGCUGCUACAGGGGCUACUGCUGCUGGGGCUGUUGCUACUGCUACUGCUGGUGGGGCUGUUGCUGGUGGUGAUGGGGAGGCGAUUGUCGUGCGCAUAUUGGACCUGAACGGCAAGUUCUUUAGCAUUACGUGUCGUCUGGACUGGCGCGUGAGCCGCCUCAAGCAGCACGUGCUCGAGAGUACGGACGUGGCGGUCGCGUCGCAGCGGCUGAUCUAUCGCGGCCGCGUGCUCGAAGACGACGCGUCGCUCGAGAGCUACAAAGUCGAAGACGGCCACACGAUCCAUUUGUUUGUCCGCACGGCGCCCACGCCGGACCCCGAGCUCUUGAGUGCCGACGGCCACGUCCCUGGCAGCAGCAGCAGCAGUAACACGAACGGCGCACGGGACGACGGCCUCGCGAUCGUGCACAUCAAUAGCGAAGUCGUGUCGUCGGCCGUGUUCCCGUCCGACUCGGCUCGCCGCGUGGACCCGUUGAUGCUCGACUCGUCGCUGGGCAAUUGCGCUCGUCGGGUGAAGCUCUGGAGCUCGUUCUUGCUGAUCAUUUACACGAUGAAAGUCAUGGGUCAGUUUGCGUUGCUGGCGAACGACCAGCAGCAACAGCAGCAGCGAGCCGCGCGACAGGAGCAAGAAGCACUGGGUAUCCACGAACCCGAUCGGCCGAUGAACCGCUACGACGAGUUCCCGCAGUACUUCAAGCCCGACCCGGUGAUUGGCAGCAUUGAGCUCAUGGUGCACUGCUUUGGCGUGUACGUUGGCUGUGUUGGCUUCAAGGCGGCCCAUGACACGGACAUUCGCCCGAUCCGUUUCUACUGCCGGGGGGUCGUCUGGCUCGCGUUUCUCACGGUCAUGGAGCAGAUUUACACGACCGUGCGGAUCUCGGAAUCGGACUUUCCCACAGAGCGCGUGCGGUAUCCGUACGGCGGACAGGGACCUACGAAAGAGGACGUCGUGUCGGCCAACGUCUUCCAGACGAUUAUGCUCGUCGCCAUGUGGCUCAUUGCCAUCCGCCACUCGUAUAUGCACCAGCGUGAAGUGGCGAUAUACAACCAGUCGUUUGCUGCAGCAGCAAUGAAUGCUGCGCCGCCUGUGCACCUGCCCGACGUGGUAUAA